AUGGCAGAUCAGAACGAUGUUCCCGAGAGCGAGCAGAGCAAGUCGGCGGCGAUCACUAAUCUCGAUCCCAAUAGGCGCAAGGCAGGCUUCAAGGAAGACGACAAGGUCAACAUGAGGGUGAGCAAACGUGUGAUGAUCGACGGAACAGAGGUGACGCGUAUCGAAUUCGAUGCAUUCACCGUUUCUGAGCGUCGUUAUCACCAGAGUCGAUGGCAGUACAAGUUGAAGGACAGGAAAGGCCUGCUGUACAGUGAAGGUGAAAACUGGUUUUCGGAGAACAAGCUCAAGCCGACAUGA